UUCAGUAAUUCAAAAGACAAGAAGUCGUUAUGUUGCUCAUUUGGUUACCACUUGUUCUGUUCACUUCCAGUGCCACAAGUCAGAUCCUAUAUCCUCCACAGUAUACCAAUAAUCGCAUUGUGGGCGGGGAGGAGGCCACCGAUGGCCUGGCACCUUACCAGAUAUCCCUUCAGGGAAUCGGCAGUGGUGCUCAUUCCUGUGGUGGUGCUAUCAUCGAUGAACGGUGGAUUAUAACGGCGGCUCACUGUACAAGAGGCAGACAGGCGACGGCAUUUCGAGUCCUAACAGGCACACAGGAUCUGCAUCAAAAUGGGUCCAAGUAUUACUAUCCCGACAGGAUUGUGGAGCAUAGCAACUAUGCACCACGCAAGUAUCGCAACGAUAUAGCUUUGCUGCAUCUGAAUGAAUCUAUUGUGUUUGACAAUGCCACUCAACCGGUGGAACUGGAUCACGAGGCCUUGGUUCCAGGAUCCCGUCUCCUAUUGACGGGUUGGGGAACCCUCUCCUUGGGCGGAGAUGUUCCCGCCCGUCUGCAGAGUCUGGAGGUCAACUAUGUGCCCUUCGAGCAGUGUCGAGCUGCCCACGACAAUAGCACUCGGGUGGACAUUGGCCACGUUUGCACCUUCAAUGACAAGGGACGCGGAGCGUGUCAUGGAGAUUCCGGUGGUCCCCUGGUGCACAAUGGCAAGCUGGUGGCUCUGGUCAACUGGGGACUGCCAUGUGCUAAAGGAUAUCCAGAUGCUCACGCUUCAAUAUCUUAUUAUCACGACUUUAUACGCACUCACCUAAGUCUAUCCAAAACGGACAGCUCUGAGGAUAUCCAGGAGGAAAUGAUUGCUCUACAGGAUUAGUGACAAGAUAGACAUUAUAAAAACAUUAUAAAAAUCAUUCAAAUUCUGAAAAUAU